GUUUUAGGAGGCCGGCCGGUUCUUUAAGAGAACCGUUUGAAUUUUUGCACCUCGAAGGAGUCGCCACCAAACUCUAUUUAAAGUCUUGUUUGGAAAGACCGCAAAUGACUCUAUUUUUGGAUAAGGCCUUGAAUCCUUGAAACGGAUGGGUGAGAUCCGGGCUCGGGAACAAAAAUGCUUAUUCGGCGAGCUUUAGAAAUAUUCAAGUACGUUGGCACAACAUUAGUUCGAAAAUAAACCCUAGAUUAUGUGGGUUUGAAUUUUAGAGCAAAAUAGAAUUUCUAAUUGUACGGUGGUCACUUUGCUUUAAAGAUUGAUUUAAGGAACCUAAGGCCGGUUUGUCCAAAAAUAUCUUUGUUAAGCGUGAUGUAACCUUUGCAUUUUGUUGUAUUUAGCAUGUUAGUGAUGAAAGCGAUAAAGCAUAUAAAGCAACAUCACAAUACUAAAUAAAGUGCGGAAUUAGUAAAUACAAGACCCCCUAGAAAAGGACUAGGGAGUAGGUCCACAUUGCCUAGAAAUGGACUAGGCUAGUAAAGAUGCGGAAUUGAAAGUGCGGAAUUGAAAUUGCGGUAUUGAAAUUGCGGCAUUGAAAGUGCGAUAUUGAAAGUGCGAUAUUGAAAGGUGAGAUAUUGAAAUUGCAAUAUUGAAAGGUGCAUAAAUGAAAUUUGUACUUGGGAACAUGAGAUUCGAAUGCCAAGCGGCUCCUUAAAAAUAAGUGCGCCCGACACUAAUUCAAAGCCAAAAAUCUCAACUUGGGAGAGGUUGCUCAACCCAAAUAUCCUAGAUUUUGCAUAUUGAACUUGAAAUUGAAAGCUUGAAUAUUGAAAUGUUUGAACUUGAAAUGAUUGAAAUUUGAACUCGAAAUGAUUGAAAUUUGAACUUGAAAUGAUCCUAGUUUAGGGAAAUAACUAUGAAUAACCCUAAACAUGGCAAGAUCUUUUGAAAAUCAAAGACUUGAACUUGUAUAUUGAAAAUGGAGUUUUGAAUCUCAAAGACUAAACCUUUAAAUGUUAAAAGGUGUUUAUCUUUGAUUACCCCAUGUUUGAUGGUGAUUCUAGCCCAAGAGAUGAUUGUAAACAACUUGGACAUCCUUGAAUCUUUGAAAAUUGUAUUUUGUAUUUUGAAAAAGUUUGUAUUUUUGGAAAACAUGUGUGAUUGUUGCAAGUGGUGUUUUUUAUUGAUUAAAAACACCAACUUGCUAAUCAUUUAGAAAUCAAAGCAACAUAGUAGAUUAGAAUGGGAUUCGGAUUUACCUACUUAGAUUUAGGCAAGAGCUCCCAAUUGCUUUGGCUUUUAGGAAUUUUGUAUGUGUUUUUGAGGAGUUUUGAGUUGUAUUUUGAGGCGUAAUGUCGAAAUUACGACGUUGUAUUGUUGUGCCCCCCUUUUUUCGAUUGAAAUGAGGGGUAUUUAUAGGAGGGAAUGGUGCAAAAUGCCAACACACGCCAGCGCCGGGCGCCAGGCCAGCGCUGUGCGCUGCUGACGUGGCUUGAAUACCGCCAAAGCAAGGACGGGGAAUUGUCCUUGUUUCGUCUUGUAGCGUUGUACAUGUUGUACGAAUAGUACUAGGUUUGGCGUUUUGUAUUUUCUUGGAGGUUAAGGCAUCGUUUAGCGUCUAAAAACAAGCCUUUCUCGGGUUUUUGAAUUCCGGUUUUACGGGACGGGGCCCGGCAUGCUCGAUUUUGUGGGUUGGCGCCCGAAUUUGACUUGCCUUAUAUGAUUUUGAGUGGAAAAGGCCUAGUAAAACCAAUGGGAUGGUCUACUAGUUGAGUUUGUACUUGGAUUUUGAAAUUGGAUUUGGAAAGUUGUAUUUUGUACCGAGUUCCGGGAGGGGAACGGUGUCGGGGGUUGGAUUUUGGAUCUUGAAUUUGGAAAUAUUCUUAGCAAUGGGGAUUUCCGCCUGGAGUUACUCCAAUCACCUAACAAGGAUAAUGGUAUCGUCAUCAUCCCAAAGGGGAGACACAAAUUAGGUGUCUACAGAAUCCCCCACUUUGACUGAGCGUUCGGUUAGGAAAGCGCAAGUCAAAGUAUUUCGAAAGGGAUGGAGAAUGGUCAAGAUGUUCUGCAAUCGAGACCACUCUUUGUACGCCAGUACCUGCAUAAAACAGGCGUUAGAAAAAGGAUAGAGUCGACCUCAGUGCGGUUGGUGAUGACUCCGGUUUGUACUUGUAUUUUUCCACCUUCAUUUCAGGACGGAGCUUGGCAUCGAAAAUUUUUGAAUAUUGAAUUUUUGAAUAUUGAAUUUUUGAAUCUUGACAUUUGAAUCUUGAAUUUUUGAAUACCCGGAGUUAAUCCAUUGGGGAUGUGCUUUGCUGGGGAUAAGAGCUUUUUGCUGGCCCUUAGGUUUUUUGAAAUUUCGACUGACUUUCCCGGAGCUUGGGUCCGUUGGGAGUUGGGCGCCUGAGUCAUUGUAUUUUUCGGACUUUGUAUUCUUGAAAUAUUAAUCUGUUUGCACUUGGGGAUACAGGUGUAUACCCGUAUUUUCGAUGGAUGGUUCGAUGCGAAGUUUGAUGCUUAGUGCGGAAGACCGUAGCAGCAAUGGACGUGCAAUCAGCACCGGAGACCGCGCGCGCUGCAGACUCGCGCAUCCAGCAGGGCAGCGCAGUGCGCUGGGGCGGUGCCUGGCGCGGGGCUGAGCUAUAAAAGCUCCCCUUGCCGUGCCAUUUUGAGGCACAUUCUCUUGAAUUCUUUGCUCUUUUCUCUCUCAAAGGUCGAUUAGGCUCUUCCCUUGGUCUUGUUCUUGCCUUGUCCAUGUAGAUAUUUCAUGUUUUUGCUUAUGAAAUAACUCUAGGAUUGCAUGUAGUUUUGAUUUUCUCGUACUUUGAAAUGAUGCUCGUAUGCUUAAGCUUCUUGAAUCUUGUAGAAAACUGUUUGAUAGCCACUUGAAUUUGAACUGUUGGAACUUGUACUUUUGAUUUUUUGUUUUUUGAACUUGUAUCUGCUUCAGCAUGGAUAGCCUAGGCGUUGAUGUAGAACUUGUAUACCUGCUUCGGCGUGGGUAGCCUAGGCGUUGGUGUAGGAACUUGAAUACCUGCUUCGGCGUGGGUAGCCUAGGCGUUGGUGUAGGAAUUUGUAUCUUGAACUAGAGGUCCACUGGGGAUUGUUGUUUUGAAUCUUUUGACUUUGUAUAGGCCAGCAUAGGAUAGCCCCCAGUUUAGAAUUUUGACACUUUGUAUGCUACUUGAUUUAGUAUGCCUCUUCACACUAGGAUGAAACUCGCUGAAUCAUCUGUGGUUCGAGCUGCCGAGGAAGACGCUUCGGAUGAUGAAGCGACUGCAAUAAAUGCGCCAGGUGGGGGUAUGGUUCCCCGAGAUGCUCCCGCUUUCCCUAGUACUGGUUGGAUCCCUUCUGACCUGGUGUUUUGGCCGGAUUGGCACUUGUCUCAGCGGCCUCGCGCUGGCAUGGUGAGUCUUGUACUGUGUUUUGGGUUUGUACUUUGUAAUUGUAUAGGUCUUGAGCUAACUCGUUCACCUUUAGGCCGAUGGAAAGCCGUUCCGUACUUAAAGUCUUCGUGCUGAUGCGGAGGCUAUGGAGAUUUGAUCGCAGAUGGGCCUGGCCGAUUUCUGGCGCACCAUGGGAGGUUCUCCGAGGAGAACAGGGAUUAAAAACCGUUUGUGGGCUUUGUUAGAGCGGUGGUGGGAUACCACCAACACUUUCCACAUGGCAUGGGGGGAUAUUACUAUCACCCCUCUUGAAUUUGCUAUGAUUACAGGUCUUCCUUUUUCUGAGAGGAACGUGACCUUUGAUUGUGAGCUGACGUGGCGCUCGGCCGCUGCCAAGGACUUGCUCGGCCCUGUUGUUGACUUGACUGAUGAUGAUGCUCACGCUUCUGUGAAGGUGAUUGUGGAGGCUAUCUGCGGUGGGGGGGUGUCCGCGGAGCAGAGGGUUAGGCUUUUCCUCCUAGCCUUGGUGAGCAGAGUGAUGGCCCGGAGUAGGAAUAGUCGGGUGCACAUCAAAUUCUUGUCCGCUUUGCGGGACUUGGGAGCUGUUUCGAGCUAUAACUGGGGUGGCUUGGCAUACAGCCACCUUUUGUACGAGAUGAAGCAAGCCUCCCAGACUGCACUAGGGAAUGACCCGAGCAUGGCUGCUCUUUGGAGCGUGCUGGAGAUUUGGAUCUAUGAGCACUUUCCGACUUUGGCGCCCGAGUGUACUAGAGAUGCGGCUUACCCGUAUGUUGCCUCUUGGAUAGGAGCGGUGCGCGUUGGUGCGUCUCUGGCGGCUUCUCGCAGGGCUUGGAGAGUUCUAUCCGCUGAAGAUGUGGUAUGGCGUCCUUUCGUCAACGCGGUUGUACCUGUCUCGGCUGCUCGUGCCCAUUUCCUGUCUGGGCGGCGGGUUUUGCUUCCAGGGGUGUACCGCCAUAUGUGGUAUCUGGGGGAGCGAGUGUCCCUUCAACACCAUUCAGGUGAUAGGCUUGUCCCCAAGGAUCCACUGGAGUCCAUGCUGGCUCUGGAUGAAGAUCUUGCCCGGCUCUAUGCGGAGGCUAGGGGCGAGGCUGUUUGCCGCUCUUGGAGGGAGUUUGUACACAGGAAGGGGAGCUAUGACGACUUCCUGAGGAGGCUGGCUCCACCAGAGGAGGAGGUUGAUCCUGAGGACAUUCCUCGUGCUGAUAGGAUCCUCCGCUAUGAGAACUCGGACGGGGAAGAGGUGGUGGAGACCAUUCCUUGGGCUUUUCCUCCGCACCGGAAAUCAUAUGAUGAUGUACCUGAGCAUACGCCCCUGCGCCUCGGGCGAGAGUGCGUCGCUGGAUGCUCUUGCUUGAUUCUUGGAAGAGGCAGUGUGUCAAGCUGACCCGGUAGCUUUCUGGCCGGAACAAAGAGGAGUGCCGUCGAGACCGUAGACUCUAUGUUGACAGGGAGCAUCAGGCUGAGACGUCCUUGGGACAGGAGGGACCGAGCUUGGACCUGGGACAGGGGUCCUGUGCUGGUGCUCAUUAGAGGCAUUCUGAUGCUGAGCGGGGAGCUUCCCCUUUUGUACAUGUUGAUCCCACCAGGCAUUCAUUUGGAGGUGCUAGCGGUUCACGACCCUUUGUUCCUCCUUCCGGUUACUACUUUGGAGGAUGUGGUCCUCAGCCUUGGGGUGCAGGUUCAUGGGCUUGCUAUGCGGAGAUGGAGAGGAUGCGCCAGACACAGAUGUUUGGGUCGUACCCGUAUAUGCCGAUGCCGCCGCUUUAUCAGUAUUCCUCUUCUCAGGAGGGAGCUCAUCCCUCCACUAGCACACUUCGUAUCUCGGAGGAGGAUCCUAGUACCCCUGGGACGGAGCUGGAUCGGGAGCUGGAGUGCCUUAGGAGGCUAAACAGGACAAGGCGCCUGUGGUUGACGUCACCGCUGAUUAUGACUCAGACUGACCCUGCAUGGUAGCGAGUUCCAACUUGCCUGAGUUGAUUUUGUAUAGGCUGGAUUGUAUUGUAUUUGUAUGGCUUGAAACUUGAAUUUUGUAUGGUUUGUAUGGCUUUGAACUUUGAAUUGGUUUGCAAAAUUUGAAGAUUGGUUUUGUAUGUUUGAAUG